CUAACGCCCGUGUGCUUCAUGGCAACAAUCUAUACAGUACUAUGCCUUUCAUUUGACCCACAACUCGCUUUCAAGGGCACUGGGAGCCCACCACAGUCGAUGUCGUCCACCAAAAACGCCAACUGCUGUCUGAUAUACACAUGCCUCAUGUCCGCAUGAUAUUGCUUGCCUCAACAAUGUUGGCAGGCCAUGGGUCGGCGUGCUCCAACGAUGUUUCGCAGCGUUGCCCAGGAGCCCAGGACUCGGCGUAUCCUCCUUAAGUUUAUCUGAAUGGCUGCAUCGAGCUGCUGGCUACCACUGGAGCGACGUCGCAGGUCGCAAGUCAUUCUACAGCUUUACUGAUUCUGGCGUGCUGCCGCCAGGGCAGUACGGCCGCCUCGGGCCGGCGGCGCCGCCAUCGCUGCUAUCGACAUCAAUGUCAGACGCCAGUGCGAAUGCCACGUGCGCAGCGCUGCUGCCCAAGCGGGCCGCUCCCGGCGGCAGCGGCAGUGGGAGCGGCGACGCAGCGCAGGGAGACGGGUGGUGGCGGCGUGGCGGCGCAGUGCUGCCGCCCUCUCAGCAGCUGGUGCGGGUGACGGGCAGCGUUCGGGAGGUGCGGGUGUGGGACGCGCUGAGCGGAGUGGUGCUGGAGGACCACAGUGGGCCGGUGACCUCCAUCAGCCUGGUCCAAGGCGCCUUAGUCACGCUGGCCAUGGGGGACGGACUCAUCGUGUACAAGUGCAACGGCCUCGACACGCCACCCACAGCCCCAGCAGGGUCCUCCACCUCCUCCGCCUCCAGCGCCCCUGGUUUGCCGGAGCAGGCGGGGCGUGGUGGAGGUGUCGGAGCAGGGGGGCCGCGGCCCGGCAGUGCCGGCCCGGGCGCGGCGGCUGCGCGGCUGCGGCAGGCGGUGGCGGCGCAUCGGCGGCCGCUGGAACCCGUAAUCUGCCUGCAGCCCGACACACGCCGCGCUUCAAGGGCGCUGUGCGUCUGUUCCCCCGCGCGCGCGGAGGCCAGCGCCAAGCGUCUCGCCACCCGCACGGCCAUUGACUGGGACGACGCGCAGCUGCUGCUGCAGUGCAUUUAUGACUACGCCCCGCACGCCGUGGAGGCGAAGAGCUUGGACGCUGCAGCCAUACAGAAGCUCACGGAGCUUGCCGCAAGGCUCGAGAACACCGAGCUCGUCAUCUCCAGCGCUCCGGGGAUGCCGCUGACCGAGCAGGAGCAGGUGCUGGCCGCGCAUGUGGACCUGCUCUCGUCCCUGGUGCACCUGCUCAACACCAGUCUGGUGCAGCCGCCCGCGCCCGCGCCCCAGGUUCCAAUGGCCUCAGCAAGCCCGCCCGCGCCUGCAGGAGCAGCCACAGCGGCAGCGGCAGCCAGCCUACCAGCAGCAAGAGGGCGGCCUGCGGCCGCGGGCGCUUCACGUACGCCGCUGGACGCACGACUCGAUGCCAAUGGGGACCCGAUUGAUGGCCUGGGUAGCGUGACAAGGACGAACAAGGCGGCGGCCGCCGCGGCCGCGGCGGCUGCGGCGGCGCUGCCGGUGUGGCUGGUGGCGACGGGGGGCGCGGACGGCGUGGUGCGUGUGUGGAACCUGGCGUCUGCGUCCGUGCUGAGCACCCUCAAGGGCCACACGGUGGGUGUGCUGUCCGUCAAGCUCGGCUACCUGCCCCGCGCCGCCGCCGCCGCCUGUGAUGAUGAGCUGCUGCCGCCAGACCUAGACGUCAGUGCGGCGGUGCCGCCGCCAGCCGCCGCCGCCGCCGCCGGCAAGGCGCUGCCGCCAGGGCAGUACGGCCUCGGGCUGGCGGCGCCGCCGUCCCUGCUGUUGACGUCAUUACCAGAUGCCCCUACUGGUGCCGCGCUGCUGCCCAAGCGGGCCGCUGCCGCCGGCAGCGUCGAUGCAGCACAUUUAGGCAGGCGUCGGCGCGGCGGCGCAGUGCUGCCGCCCUCUCAGCGGCUGGUGCGGGUGACGGGCAGCGUUCGGGAGGUGCGGGUGUGGGACGCGCUGAGCGGAGUGGCGCUGGAGGGCCACAGUGGGCCGGUGACCACCAUCAGCCUGGUCCACGGCGCCUUAGUCACGCUGGCCAUGGGGGACGGACUCAUCGUGUACAAGUGCAACGGCCUCGACACGCCGCCCACAGCCCCGGCAGCGUCCUCCGCCUCCUCCGCCUCCAGCACCCCUGGUUUGCCGGAGCAGGUGGGGCAUGGUGGCGGUGCCGGAGCAGGGGGGCCGCGGCCCGGCAAUGCCGGCCCGGGCGCGGCGGCUGCGCGGCUGCGGCAGGCGGUGGCGGCGCAUCGGCGGCCGCUGGAACCCGUGAUCUGCCGGCAGGCCACAGCGGCCGCCACCGCCGCCGCCGCGGCCAUGGAGAACAACAGCAUCCCCAAGGUUCUGAAAGACAACAACCUCAUCAUCGACGCCACCGAGCUGGGCAAGCUUAACACCAAGUCCGCCAGCUGCGCCGUCCAGCUGGCGACACCGGCCAUGGACGCCAUCGACUGUGUCCCGCUUCUCAAGGGCUGCCUGGGCUCGCUGGAGUUUAGCUUGAAGCCCGGCUGCUGGCUCGACCUGAAGAUCGCCAUCCUGGUCAAGGACAAAGGUUGGCGCUGGUUCCCCACCAGGCUGACGUCGCUGGAGCUGCUGGACAGUGCCUACAAUGGCGGGUUGCGCGGCCGCUUUCCCAGCGUCCUCACGAUGGCGGCCGCGUUGGAGGACUUCGAGAUGGGCAUCAUCACCAUCGAUAGCUUGGUGGGCGCACCAGACUCGGCGUCGACAAACCUGAGCGCGGUGAUCUCGCCCAAGCUAUCAAUGGUGACGAUGCCCAUCUUAAACUCCUCCAAGCGGCCGCCAUCUUUAGCACGCUGGGGAAGCGGCCGCGCAGCCCGCCGUCGUAGGCACUGUUUAGCAGCUCCAGCGAGGUCAGCCUGGCGAGGAACCAGCGCCAGCGCUUGUUGCCCCUCAGGAUGGCGAUCUUCAGGUGAAGCCAGCAGCCGGGCGUCAAGCUAAACUCCAGCGAGCCCAUGCGGCCCUUGAGAAGCUGGAUGCGGUCGACGGCGUCAAUGGCCGGUGUCGCCAGCUGGACGGCGCAGCUGGCGGACUCGACGUCGAGCUUGCCCAGGUCGGUGGCGUCGAUGAUGAGGUUCUUGUUCUUCAGAACCUUGCUGAUGCUGUUGUUCGCCACGACGGCGGCGGCGGCGGCAGCGGCGGCGGCGGGCAGGCCUGUGCACGGCAGGAAAAGACGUGCAAGGAAGGAAACAUUGCAGGCGUUACAGGAGGCAUGCGCUGGUCCGAUGGUCGCAAGGCAGCAGGAGCACGACGCAGGGUCAGCAAGAGGCAUGCGACACCAAUGGGUGUGUGUGGGCUGGAACCGCCAUAGCACCUAGGCGCGCCCGACCCACAUCCCUUCCCUCACCCACACAUCGAACCCAGAUGCACCCGAUGGCGUCCAUGGCCGGUGUCGAGAUGUGGUGAACGACGGGCAUUGAAAGGACGAACGAACCGACGUUAUGGCAACGGCGCAUUGGCUGCGAGAGGGCGUUAUGUCAGGACUGCGUUCAAACAUGCACAGCCCACGUAGGCUGAGAUGCGAUGAAUGAUACUGAGUGUAGGACGGGCGGAAGACGGCUGCUUCAUAACGUUUCCCUUGUGUGAAUGCGGGGUGGGCGGACUGGCGGCGACGCCGUAUGGCAAUGUGAGGCUGUAGCUGUGUAAGAUCGUGCGGCCGUGUGGCUUGGAACGCGAGUGCUUCUUAUUGUCCGCGGGAUCUCACAGGAGCCGCAGUGUAACGCAACACGCAUGACUGCGUGAAGAGGGACUCAUUGGACCAAUCAAUGUUUGGGUGGUGUGGGGCGUGUGCCCCUUCGGCUGCGGGUUGCUUUCCUGGACUGGCCACACGGGUGCACACGAAUAAACGUAUCCAGAAUGCAUAACCAAGCUGCCAUGAUCGUGGCUGGCGUGCGUGUGUCAGGCUAAGUCGAUGUGAGCCCCGGAGGGCAGCAUGCAUGGCGGGCAGCUCAUCCCUGAGCGGAUCACAGGCACACACGAGGAUCAUUUGCAGACCGUAUGGCGACGAACGCAAUGCUGUCUUCUGCUGUAUCAGGAAGCUCAGCGUUGCCAUGUAACUUUCGGUGUCA